CACAGUUGCCUUUCCUGUUAGUCAGAUGGCCUGAAAACACGACAUGUUACAAAUCCCUCUUGUGCUCCGGCUACUGUAAGCCACAUCGUAGAUUUUGCUGACCCAUCGCAUCUGCUCAGUGUGGCCAUGUGUGUUUGUUGUGGAGUUAGUUAGGUAGCGCUAUCAUUUUAAUCUGCAGCUUUGCGAUGAGGAGGCCCGGCUGGAGCUGCUUACCCGUGCUGGUCACACGCCAUAUGUUUGCCCAGACGCAUGGAAACCACCACAAUUGCGCUCGCCUCCCUCCACCCCAACCAUUCUAACCGGUUGCACAGGCUUAUCGUGGCUUUAGCAUCUGUGCGGUAAAUUUAGGCCAUUGCUGUUUGCUUGUCUGGCCGGUGGUUUAAACCAGUGAACGCAAGCUGUGACUUUUAGUCGUUUGUGCGCUGUGCCGUGAUACCAUCUCCGCACAUCCACGAUGAGGCUGAGGUCCAGGAGUAGAGAAAGAAUGGAGACAAGAAGAGAGGAAGCGGUGAAAUUUGAGGAGAUUGAAAUGAUUCCAAAGUCCGGAAAAUCUCCAGCAGACUCACGGAAAUCUGCCGGCAUUCAUGAGUUUGCAGCGCUUGCCAGAUCCUCCUUGAAUGGUAUCUCUCAGGCAGUGAGAGACCACAUGACAAAGCCCACCUCGCUGGCUCAGGGCCGGGUCGCUCACCUCAUCGAGUGGAAAGGUUGGCCUAAACCUGCAGCUCCUUCACUGGCCGCACACUCCCAGUUCAGCUCCUACUGCAAUCUGACUGAAGGGGAGAAGGAGGCUCGCUUUGCUGCAGGAGUGGCCGAGCAGUUUGCCAUCGCGGAGGCUAAGCUACGUGCAUGGGCAUCUGUGGAUGAAGAUGAUGAGGAAGAUUUCAAUGAUGAAGACUCCCACAUCAGCGGACACACUCACACGGUAUCCAGCCAAAACUCAGAAGCCACCAUCUACAGUUCCACCUCUGGAGCACCGCCCGGGGUGGACCGCACUGAGACGCCACCAUCCGACGGUCCCCUGGGCUCCCACAACAGCAGCCUGCCCUGUGGCAGGCUAGCAACUGAAAAUGCCCCACAGUCAUCACAAAGCAACUCACCCUCUUUGCCCAGCGACUCCAUGAGUACGUGCCUGGAGGAGGAGGAGGAAGAGGAGGAGAGGCUGGACAGCCUCAAGGAGCAGCCAGCUCCUUUGCAGGAGCACCGCAGCGAGGUGUGCAUCUACAGCAAGCCCGAGUGGAGGCCGAGGUGCAGGAGCAGCAGGUUUGACUCCUGCUACUCCACCUCUCACUCCGAGUCUCCCGGAGAGGAGGACGAGGAAGACGAGGAGGAGGAGGAAGGCAGCGUGUUUCACGAGGUCCGGGUGUGGCACUGCAGCCCCAGGAGCUUUUUCUCUGACCGGGCGUCUUCCGGGGUGGCGUCAUUCGAUGAGGAAGAAGAAGAGAGAGAAGAAGCAGAGGGAAAAAAAGAGUAUUUGAUGUGAUGUGUCGUCCACCUUUUUGUCCCCUUGAGUCUGUGUUGAUUCUGGAUAUUCUGCUUAAACUGUACACCUCUCCUCCUCCUCUUCUCCUUCCUCCUCCACUCAUUCUGUCUCCUGUCUCUCAUCCUCCAGGCCUUUCAUACUGAUCUUGCUCCACUGUUUAUCGCUGCUGUAAACAGUCAAUAUGUUGAGAGAGUUCAAUCAGAAUGUAAUGCUGUUGUUCACUAAGUUUUGUACGUUUAUUUUUUUUGUGUGUGUGAACAGUCAUGUGUUGCUAUUGCAUUGGUUUUCUAUGGAUAUUUUCUAGUGUUGUUUCCUCUGGGUCACGUUGUGUCAUGUGGGUUGGGCUCUGUUUGAUAUUGAAUGCCUGAAUGUCUUGCAUAUAUAAAUAUGAGUUUUUGAAAGAAGAUACUUUGUUGUUG